AUGGUCAUCGCCGAACCCAACAAGCGGCGAGUAUCAUACGUCAUCCCCCCACCAGACACCACAAACCCACCAUCCAUCCUCGACCUGCCCGCACUCGGCGUCGCACAGGCAGACACAAGGCCAUACCCACACCUCAACCCCAAACUCGCCCGCUCAGCCAACGCCAACGGCAAUGGCGUAGCCACCCCACCACGCUUUGCCAGCCGCAACCCCUUCAACAACCCUUCCCCUACCCCGGCAACAGACCCAUUCGACCUGCCCGAGUCCCCCGUCGCCGGCGCCCGCCAGCACCCGCGACACCGGCUCGGCAUCUCGACUUUGGCCCUGGACACUACGACCGUCCUGCACGGCGAGAAUGCGCCCACGGGCAUUCUCUACACGGGCGGCCGAGACGGCCUGGUCGCGAGCUGGGAGCUGCAUGUCCCGCACACGAAGCGGCGUGGACGGCGAUACCGCACCAUUGCAGGCGCGGGCACGGGCGGCCGUGUUCGCUGGGAGAGAGUGGGCGACGGCGGCGCCGACUGGGAUGGGGAGGGCGAGGACGACGACGACCCGCCCAGUCUUGGGGAGAGCUCGAGCGAGGAGGACGGUCCCGAGGCUAUCGACACGAACGGCAGCGGCAGGCGCAAGGCCAUCCCCUUUGAAGACCGUUGGGAGGUCGACACCGAGGUCAAGACGCCGCCGGCACCCACCUCGUUCCGCCAGUCGGUGCAGACGCACACCGACUGGGUAAACGCCAUGGUCCUGUGCAACAUGAACCAGACGGUCAUCACCGCCAGCUCGGACCGCACCAUUCGUGCGUGGUCGCCGCACGCAGAGGGCGACCUGUCCGUCCCAGCCCUCAUCGGCCACCACACAGACUAUGUGCGGUCGCUCGCGUUUGCACGUCAUCCAGGUGUCCUCUUUUCCGGUGCACUCGACCGUGACAUUUCAGUGUGGGACAUUAACCAGCCACGACCCAACGAGCCCGUCCUCAAAGUCCGUCUGUCGGAUAUCGACGACUUGGGCGGCAUCGGCGACGGCGACUGGGGAUCCAUCUAUGCGCUUGGUGUUGACCCCGCCGGACACACUCUUGCGGCCGGCACGCCCGAACGCGUCGUGCGCCUCUGGGACCCGCGUGCCGGCGACAACUCGGUGACCAAGCUUGUCGGCCACACCGAGUGUGUGCGCAGCAUCCUCCUCAGCGACGAUGGUCGGUACAUGCUCACCGGAUCGUCCGACACGACCGUCAAGCUGUGGUCGGUGGGCGAGCACCGCUGCCUCCACACGUUCAACCACCACACGUCGAGCGUGUGGGCGCUGCAUUCAAACCACCCAAACCUCGAGCGCUUCUACUCUGGCUCGCGCGAUGGCUACCUGUGCGCCAUCGACGUCGAGCAGGUCGGCGACAUGAGCGAGGGCGAGUGCGUCGUCCUUGGGCGUGAAGGAGAGGGUGUCCGCCCCGGUGACUUUGAGAGCAAGACGGGCGACGAGGCCAUUCGGUCCAUCACCGCCAUGGACGACGAGUACGUCUGGACAGCUACGGCAAGCUCGGACGUGCGCAGAUGGCGGGAUGUCGGGCGCCGUGUCACCCGUCUCGACACCGACUUUGACGGCGCCAGCUACGGCGCUAUCACUGGCACUGCCGACGAGUUUGCCCCUCUCCACCCAACUGCAUCUGUAUCCCUCGCUGCGGCGUUUGAGCCCACGGGCAUCAUUGACGCGCCCUCUCCUCUGCGCAACAAGCCGCUGUCGGUCCACGAAGACCUCCGUCGUGUCGAUUCGGCCGACUCGCGCACCAUUACGUUUGCAGCGACAUCACCGCCAGGCUCCCCAGCCUCGGCGCUCCCAGCCUCGGUGCGCGACCGCCUCAACCCUAACCGCGCAGCCCGUACCCUGUCUGGCACGUCUGUCACCAACUCGGUCAUGUCCGAGUCGUCCGUCCAAGGCGGUGACGAGUUCCUGCACAAUGGCAUCCCUUACGAUUCACUCGUGUGUCUCGGCCUGCCUGAUUCGCCUUAUGCCUUUGGCUUUAGCGGUGCGGCGCACUCGACGGCGUCCCUCGGGUCUACGUCACACCACCGUGCACGCUCAAUCGGGUCUCCCGAAGAGUCGCCCCAGGCCACCACCACGGACCGCACCGGCGACCGUGGCGCAGGCGGCGAGGUUGCGCCCCGUGUCGCUGCUCGCCGCGAGUUCGAGGACCGCGACGUGGCCGCCGACGCGCGGCCACUGCGCGACCAGCCCGACGCCGUCAUUGCUGGCUCGCCUGGCCUGAUCCGCUCGCUGGUCCUCAACGACCGCAUGCACGUCCUCACUCUCGACACGACGGGCGAGAUUGCCAUCUGGCACUUGAUCCGUGGCGAGUGUCUGGGCCGCUUUGACAAGCGGGACGUUGCAGAGGCACUCGAGCUCGAGCGCGGCACCCAAGACGUGGCGGCCGAGAUCAAGAUGCACCCUCACGAGGUGCUCGAGCUCGUCCAGCGCCGUGUCGAGGGCAAGAACAGCGUGCUGCCUUGGUGUCAGGUCGACACAAAGGUCGGCCAGAUCACCGUCCACCUCGAAGGCGACCGUGUGUUCGCCGCCGAGAUCCUGGCCGAGGAGAUGGGUAUCGACGAGGCCACGCUGCCCGAGGACAGCAAGGCACUCAACGUCGGCAAGACCGUUCUGGGUAACCUGUUCCGUGGCCUGAUCAAGGCUGAGGAGCUGGAAGUCACGUCGGCCGUGUCGUCAUCGCCGAGCUCCGUCCCCGGCUCGCUUCCGAGCGUCUCGCGUUCGCCUGCGAACGCCAUGCCCAUGUCCCCGCGCCACAGGCAGCGCGCACUGUCGUCGGCAUCGCUUGGCGGUGGCAUUGCACCCUCAAUCAACAUUGCCGGCCUGGCUACCAGGGCCGAGCGCGCAGCCGUUCUUCCCGAGGGUGGUGCAGGCGGCGUUUUCGGCCAAAGCGCUCCAGCUACUAGCGGCUGGCUCUCGCUGCCCGCGGCCAUGGCGAGCAGGACUCCCGGCAGCUUCACAGCGUCGUCCCCGGCCAACGGCCCGCUCAGCCCUCAGGCAGGCGGCGUCACCAGCGACUAUUUCUCCAUGCGCAAGAUCCCCGAGGCGAGCCCUACGCGCGAAGCCGACAAGCCCGCCACUACUUCGGCACCCGCGCCGUCCCCCAGCGCCGCGGCGCCAGGUGGCGGUCUGCUGGGCAAGAAGAAGUUUAUGGGUUUCGGCAAGAAGAAGGCCGCAGAGUCCACCAUGACCACGGUGGUGGAGAGCAAGCGCGAGGCACCGCCACCGGACGAGGGCCCCAAGAUGAGCGAGCGCGACCGCUCCCAGCUCCUCUUCCUCGACACGGUGCGCAACCGCGCCUUCCGCCCCCCGUCGUCGGCCGAAUGCCCCUCCAUCCCCGCCCCGCCAUCCACCACCCUCAUCAUCUCGGAACAGGCCCACGCCGACGGCGCGUACAUUGUCACGUACCGCUCGCAGGUGUCGUCGACCGAGCGCGACAUGGAGCCGCUGGAGAUGAACUCGCCGUUCUGGCUGCUCAACUACCUCUUCGCAAGCAUCACGCCCGAGGAACGCCGCCCGCCCAAGAUCCCCCUCAUCCUCCUUCCCGUCGGCACGACCGUCGGGUCCGGCGUCGGCCUCAAGGUCCAGGCGUCGCGCACCGCGCGCGUCCGCGGCGUCAUGGAACACCUCCAGAACGUGCUCGCGCGCGAGAACGGCAGCACUCCCAAUGCCAGCGCCAACACGCGCGACAGGGCCGUGUCGGACGCGUCGGCGCUCUCGGGCGUCUCGGGAAUCGACGACGUGCCCAAGCGCGCGCCAGAGGACUCGAUCGAACUCCUCUGCGGCCAGCACGUCGCAGAGGCCGACAUGAAGGUCGCUACCCUCAAGCAGUGUUACUGGCGCGGAGGCGUGGACAUGGUGCUGCACUACCGCGUCAAGCCGUGA